AUGAUUGAUGUAUUUACCCCCGGCCCGGGGCGCCCGCAGCUGGCUGGAGCCGGCGGUGACAUCACGAGCCCGAGCGCGAGUCACGUGGCCCGCCCCGCCCCCUCCCGCUCCUCCUCCUCCCGCAGCCUUCGGAGCGCAGGGUCCGGCCGCCGCUACCGCUCGGAGCUCUCGGCAGAGGCGCGGAGCGCGGGCCACGGGCAAGCGGGGGAGCGGGGCAGGCAGCGGUAGCGGCAGCGGCGGGGGAGCCGGCAGCAGCCCCCCGGCGGGCCCCGAGCGACGCGGCCGACGCUCCUGCAAACUUGGGCGCGCACUCGCGCCACGCUGCCACACCUUCUCACAUACGUGGGUAUUUUGUUCAGAUUUCCUAGUUGUCCUCAGAGGGACAUUGGUUUGUAUUACCUGAUUAUCAACGCUGUGGUACUGCUGAUUCUGUUGAGCGCCCUGGCUGACCCAGACCAGUAUCACUUUUCAAGUUCUGAGCUAGGAGGUGACUUUGAGUUCAUGGAUGAUGCCAACAUGUGCAUUGCGAUUGCAAUUUCUCUUCUUAUGAUCCUGAUUUGUGCAAUGGCUACUUACGGAGCAUACAAGCAACGCGCUGCCUGGAUCAUCCCGUUCUUCUGUUACCAGAUCUUUGAUUUCGCCCUCAACACCUUGGUUGCCGUCACUGUGCUUGUGUAUCCGAACUCCAUUCAGGAAUACAUACGACAGCUGCCUCCUAAUUUUCCCUACAGAGAUGAUAUCAUGUCCGUGAAUCCUACCUGCUUGGUCCUUAUUAUUCUUCUGUUUAUCAGCAUUAUCUUGACUUUUAAGGGUUACUUGAUUAGCUGUGUUUGGAACUGCUACCGAUACAUCAAUGGCAGGAACUCCUCUGAUGUCCUGGUUUAUGUUACCAGCAAUGACACUACGGUGCUGUUACCCCCGUACGACGAUGCCACUGUGAAUGGCGCGUCCAAGGAGCCACCACCCCCUUAUGUGUCUGCCUAAGCCUGAAAGUGGGGCAGAGCUGAGCGCAGCGGCUUGAUUUUCAGACGUCAGAGCAAUAGUUCUUUCAUUUCACUUCUGGGUUGAGUUCUCUGAGCUUAUUUGUUGCUGAAACGCUACAGUUUUAAAAUUUAGAUGUUCAGUUGAAUCCCUCUUUAGUUUUAAAGAU